AUGACUUGUCAACACGAAUCGUUAGGGGCGGAAAUGUGUCCUUACUGUGGUUAUUGUAAUCAUGAAAUCAUUUUCAAAGAUUUAUGCGCCAUUUGCGGUAGUCUUGUAGUCCAAGAUGACCGUGAUGAAGGCACUGCGAAUAAUAACAACCAACACUUUGAUAUAAGUCAUAGAUCCGACGGUGUACGAGUGAGUUUCAAGGAAGCUCAACGUUUAGAAAAGAAAGAUGAAGAACGUUUGUUGAAAGAAAAGAAACUUUCACUUAUUGUCGAUCUUGACCAGACUGUUUUACAUGCCGCUUGGGAACCCCAUAUAGCGCAAUGGGUCGACGACCAUAAAGCGCAGAAGGAUCCUUUAGCCGAAAACAUGUUUACUUUUUCGUUGGAUGGAACGAAUAAAUAUACCAUUAAACUACGACCUGGAUUAUCUGAAUUCUUGAAAGAAAUCUCUCAAUAUUACGAAAUGCAUAUCUAUACCAUGGGUACCAGAGCCUAUGCCGAAGCGGUCGCCAAAGUCAUUGAUCCCACGGGAGAGCUGUUUAGGGAUCGGAUUUUAUCGCGUGACGAGAAUGGUAGUGUGAUGAAAAAGAGAUUAGAACGUUUAUUUCCCUCAGAUCACACCAAAGUCGUGGUGUUGGAUGACCGUGCCGAUGUGUGGGAUUUCUCACAAAACUUGAUACAGAUUAAACCUUAUGAAUAUUUUGCGGGUGUAGGAGAUAUCAACGCGCCGCCCAGCAUCGCUGCGAGCCCUGCGAACGAUAGCAACAUGUUGAAACAGACGACGACAACGACAGAAACGACAGAGACGGUCACAACAGAUACAACGACGAUAGACAAAAUGAAUGAGACAACCGAGCAAGAUGGCCACAGCACCGAUAAGGGUGCUCUCAGCGGGGAAGAGCCCACGACGGCGACGAUGACGCCGAUGACGACAACGACGACGACGACGACGACGACCAACACAACAGAAAAGGACAGCUCUGUGACGCCCACCAUUGUCAAUGACGAUGCUGUGAACGAAAGUAUUGUAAACGACAUUAAGCACCAUCAACAUAUUCCACCUCCCGCCACGACCACCAUGCCUGUGAUUGACCCUGAAAAGUUGGUAGAAAGUGAGAAUAAAAAGAGCAAAGAAACAGACGAUGCAAUGGAUACAACAGCAGACGCUUCCUUGACACACACGACAAGCGAUGAAAGUGCUGCUGCUAAUGCUGCUGCUAAUGCUGCUAAUACUACAACGCUGCAUAGAUCGAAUCCAUAUUCCACAGACAGCCAUUACAACGCUACGAAUAGUAUGAAUAGCUAUACCCCUAAAUCGCAUGAUUCAGAUACCAUCCUCAAAGUUGUUCAAAAAACACUGAUUGAAGUACACUGUCGAUUCUACGAAAAAGUCGAAAAAGAGAAUGCACGACCGAACGUGGCGGAUAUUUUGAAUGGCGUGAAAAGUCAUGUGUUAUCGGGAUGUCAUCUUGUGUUUUCAGGCGUGAUUCCAUUGCAGGUCGACCCUACCACGUCUUCUUUAUGGAAGAUGGCAACGUCCUACGGUGCCCAGUGCUGGGAAGAACUCACAGGUAAAGUCACCCAUCUCAUUGCAGCCCAUCCAUGCACGACCAAAGUCAACAAAGCCCGUAAAUAUCCGAAAAUUCAAAUUGUAUCACCGCCGUGGUUGUUCAACUCGGUUUGGAAUUGGAAAAAGGAAGAGGAGGAAAAGUACAAACUGGAGCUUCCUCAGGAUAAGUACGCAGAUUCAGAGAGUGACAGUGAGGACAUUGAAGAUAUUGAGGCAGUUGACAGAGCGUUUGAUCGUUUUACAAAGCAAAAGGGAAAAGAGAGGUCCAAUGGAGAAGAAGAAGAGGCAGGUGCUGCAGGAGAGACCGCUAUGGACGACCGGCAGGAAAAGGUAGAAGAGACGAUCGAUUUCGACUGGACAGAUGAUGAAGUAGAUGAUGCUAUGAAUGAAGAAGACAGUGAUGAGGACGAUGAGAGUGAAGCAUCUGAAGAUAAAGACACAAACGAAAUAGAGCGUACAAGCGUUCAACAGCGAGAGACAGACGAUGACGAAGAGGAGGAGGAUGAGGAGGAUGAGGAUUUUUUAAACGAUAUCCUGAAUGAGUUGGAUGAGGAAGAGGAAGAUGAAGAGAAUGUUGCAGAUAGGGAGGAGUAUGGUGACGAGAGUGAUAACGAAAGCUCUGGGACAAAGCGAAAAUUUGAAAAUGAUGAUGAUGAUGAAGACGACGGGUAUUCUGAUAGAGAGGACUCAAGGCGCAGAAAGUCCUUCAGAUCAGACGACUAG